AUGGAUCGUGAUUCGUCUGGAGAUCUGUUCCGUGCGUACGAACUCUGCUUGAAUUGCCUUGAAUCGGUCUCCGCUCAGUUAACCUGCAAGCCUCAUGCUGUCCAGCGUCAGAGGCUGCGAAUGAUUUUCUGUCUCGAUGCUUGGGGUGAGUACGAGAAAGUAAUUACCCAAGCGUUUAAGCUUCUGGAGAGGCUAAGAGGCUCCGAUAUUCGCUCCCGGAAGUUUCGGUUGUUGCCGGAGGUCCAGGACGGAGAGGCGGACCUGGCGAUGGUUAUAGGAGAGGCUGUGGAGGCUAUCUUCAAGGCUGUGGCGAUGGGUCAGCAAACAGAUGAUAAGCCGUAUAGAAAAGUCCUUCUCUUGCUCGAGGAGGUCAGAGCCUGCUUCAGGGUCUUAGAUGCCAAGGCGUAUGAAGAGUUGCACAGAGAGCUCUUAACAAAUCUGGGUAAAUGUGCUCUAUCUCUGGUUAGAGAAGCUGAGCGUUUUGAUGGGGAGUUGGUGCGUUCUUUCUGCGACUCAACUGUGAAGGAACACUUUAAAUUUGCAUUCUCAAAAGAUGAAAUUUAUACGGUGCUUUCUGUUCUGUUCACAUCUAAGGAUAGAAGAAUCUCAGUGACCAUUGACAUUUCAAUGUCCUUGUUGCGCAGCUUAGCUUGCCAAUUCGUGGUUGAAACUAAUGAGGAUUUAGUGGAUUUUGUUGACCUAGUCUCUCAUUACGCUCACGAGUUUCGAGCAGCAGGAGACAUGUACUGUGCACAAGUUUCAAAAAUAUUCAGUGAGAUGGCAGCUACAUUCUCCGAGGCAAUACCACAGCUUAAUCUGAUUCUUCGCCUUUAUUCGUCCGGGCUGUCCAUCACGGUUUACGGUUCCAAGUUUGGAGAAAGUAAGCUUAAAGAUGCAACAGAUGAUUGGAAAAUUCAAACGUUGCUUGAUGAUGAGGCUAGAUGGCAAAACUUAGUAUUGUUACUUGGUAUGGUUGAUAGUUACUCAGGUAAUGUGGGAAAUCAGAUUGGUUUAUCAUUGAUGGCUGGACAUAAGAACUACAACAAUAAAACAAAUGAUUACUGUACAGAUAGAAACAAGAAGACUUGCUGGCCACAAUAUGUAGAUGCCUUGGAAUUUUUGUGCCAACCGCUUGCGGACUUGAUACAUUCAAUGAAAAGAAAGAUUGUGUUGAAGACAGAGUUUCCCUGCGUUUCUGCUCACCUGUCUACUAUUCAUGAUGCUUUUAUCCAAUUUUGUGAUGGUUUUUUCGUCUUUCAGAGAUGCGCGUCUGACAAGGGAGGUAGGGAAAGUGACAAUAACAAAGCUUUGUUAAAAGUGGCUAUGGCUGCUUUCAUUGUCUCACUGAGAACCCAGUAUAAAUUGAAGAUCUGUACCCGUCUAGUUGAGGAUGUAAUUGCCAGUCCGUGGAUCCGAUCUCAAGAACUCAAGAAUCUGUCAGCGUCGCUCUACAGUAUUGGUGUCGAUUUGUGCAGAAAUAAGGAGCUUACAAAGGCUUGUAAGGCGCUCAAGCUGUGCUUGAAGGCAUCAUGGAGAUGUGUUGAACACCUUUGCCAAUCUGAUAAUGACCUGUCAGAAGAUGACAUUAUGGAUCUUGUGGGCGAAACAUGUAAAAGGUGUGCAUUCUACCUGGAUAUACUCGACCAGUGUAGCAGCAGUUGUAAGAUUAAACAGGCUGUCGUGCCUUUUCUAGAAAGUUGGUUGUCAGCUGAGCAUCUGAUUCAAAGGUUACCAGGCCCUGCGGCAAUUGUAAAACAGUGGGUUAAGAUCGAACGGGGAUGUCACACAAAUCUAGAUGCGGAUGAUUCUUGUACAACUUUGUACUCAUUGCUAUCAUCUUCUCAAAACAACUCAAAGCGGGGCAUCGGAAAAAUUCUACAGCAGGAGCUUCUGGCCUAUGACCCUUUAAGAUCAAAUCUAGGUCAACAGACGCAAAUUAAAAUAGCUGAUAUUCUUCUGAAGGAUGUUUAUGUCACAGAGGAUAUGCAUAUAGAUAGAGCAAGAAUCUUAAUAUGGAAAGCAAGAAUGACAAGGACAUCUGGAACUGAACAUCUGACUGACUGCAUUCGUUUUCUGUCAGAAGCAAUCUCUAUACUGAGUGAUGUACAUCAUAGGCCAAACAAAGAGGGCAAAGAGGACGCUCCAUCUUCUCACCAGUUAGCUAUUGCGUAUUGCUUGAGAGCUUUUUGUAUCCAGGAGGCUGAGCCAAACUCAAAGAAAGUCUUUCAAGAUAUUAGCACUUCGCUAAGUCUCUGGCUGGGGAUUCCUAGUCUAGAUGACAGUGGAGACAGUCUACCUGCAGAAAACAUACUUCCGUUACUUUAUAAUAUGAUCGAUUUGAUGUCAGUGAAGGGAUGUACGGAACUCCUUCCUCAUAUAUACCAACUGAUUUUCAGAUUAUUUAAAUGGAAGCAUGUCGAAUUGGAGGUCUGCCUUGCGAUGCUGUGGGGAUGUAGAAGGCUAAGCCAUGCCUUAUGCCCUUCCCCCAUAAGUGAUGCCUUCAUCCGGAACUUAUCAGAGAAUUGUGGUGACAAAUCUACAACGAUUUCUUGUGAUAAAAGUUCCUUUCAAUCAGACAUCACAACAGAUGAUAUCACAAAUGCAGCUUCGGAACUCAUUAUAAGUGCGUCACUCUCUGGUCAUUCAUCUUUUGCAGCUGCAUAUCUCUAUUAUGAUCUCUGUGAAAGGCUCAUAUCAUUUGGAAAAAUUUCUGAGGCUCUUUCAUAUGCCAAAGAAGCCAAUAGAAUACGAACUCGUAUAUUUCAACAGACAUUUGAGUAUACAGUUAAGAAGCAGUUCGAGAAACACAAUGACGCAGGGAAAAUAUCAGAGAUACAGACUUAUAGCAUAACAAAAUUCCAAGUUGGAAUUGUUAAUGAGCUUGUAGGGAAUGGGCUGGAGGCAGAAGCUUAUCUAUCAUUGGGGAAAGCCAUUUCAUGCUCGCAAAGUCUAUUCCCUUUUGUAGUUGCAUUUUCUUCUGCUUUAGGAAAUCUUUACCACAAAAAGCAAAGCCUGGAUCUGGCAGAAAAGGAACUCCAAAAAGCAAAAGAGAUAUUAAUUGCUAAUCAGCAGGACUUUUCUUGCGUAAAGUGCAAACUAAAGUUCGAAGUUACAUUGGAUAAGCAACUUGGAGACAUAUCUCGAAAAAAAGUUGAUAGAGUUACCCAGACAAAUGGAUUCUUGCAUGCUGAAAGCUUGUUUAGUGCUGUCCUGGGAAAAAUCUGUUGCUCAGCAUGGAAAAGCUGCGUUAGAUCUCACGGGGAAGAAAAUGGUGAGGGAAAAGCGAUUAAUAGAAAUGGAGGAGAAGUCUUAGGAUAUAAAUCAAGCAAACCAAAACUGAGUAUAAAUAAAGGGCCAACUGAAAGCAAAGGCUCCUGGAGGGGACGGAGAGCUAAAAGUUCCCAAACUUGCGUGUUAAAGGACAAUGAUUUGAUAUCUGAGCCAACUUCAAGGUUGACUCGCUCAAUGCGUCAGUCACUUAAAGAGCAAUGCCAAAACUGUUCUAAUGUGCCUGAAGCUGCUUUAAAGAAGCCUAGCGUCUGUAAUAUAUCUGAUGGUUCUGGGGGUGAAAGGGUGUUGUUGGACGCAAAAAACGCAGUCCAUGGCUUUUGCAUCUGCUACAAAGGAAAAUGCAAGCAGUGCCGCUCUGUAGAAGUAACGGAAUCUGGUUCUCUCUACAGUUUAGUAACGUUGAAAUGGGAACUAUGCCAUAGGAGGCUUGCGUCCUCAAUUCUUGUUAACCUCGGAAAAUGUUUGGUGGACUCUGGUAGAACUCAUCUAGCUCAUGAGGCACUACUGCAUAGUAUCUCUGUUUUGUUUAAAAGCAACUGGCCCAGCCACAACCAACCUUCUGUCAGUCAGUUGCUGGAUUUUAUUGGGAAAGAAGUUACAAGUGAUCUAUUUGCGAUUGAUCGUGCAAUAAUACUAUACAACUUGUGCUGGUUAAGUUUGCGGAAUUACCACUGCAGGUCUAUUUGCUGUGAUCUGUCUAAUAUUCCUUUCACCAAACUGGUGUCAUGGUUGAUGUUAGCAUUUAUACUCAGCAGAGAGGUUCCAAUAGUAUUUCAAAAGGUUUCAAGAUUGCUUGCUUGUUUAUAUCUGCUUUCUGCCUCAAGUUCUGAAUGCUCAUUCAAAUGUGAUGGAAAUGAGCUGUCUGCAAAGUCUACUUGCUCGAGUUGCAUGGUUCCUGAGGAGUUGGACUUACCCAAGCUUGCUCCCGAGCGUACUCAAGAUCUUGUACAAUUUGCUAAAGAAUUCUUCAACAAUCUUCCAAGCUCAACAAUCAUCUGUAUUAGUGUGCUUGGAGGCUCUUUAAAUCAAUUGUUACAGGAGCUAAUGCAAAUCCGUUCACCUGUUUGUGCCUGGGUGCUCGUAUCACGCCUCAACCUGAAAAGUCAACCGGUUGCCACGCUUCUGCCGAUCGAUUUGGUUCUCAAAGGUGACAGUGCAAUUCUUAGUUCUACGAAAACGACUGAAGUCAAGAAUUUGGAGCGAAGCUGGCUUUGUCCAUGGGGUUCCACCGUGGUUGAUGAUGUAGCUCCAGCAUUUAAAUCAAUAUUGGAGGAAAGCCACGCAUCUGCUACAUUUCAUGGAGAAGACACGGGAGAUAAUAGAUCCUUGUGGUGGAAAAGGAGAGAGAAGCUUGAUCAUCAUCUUGGAAAACUCCUAAGGAAUCUAGAAGCUUAUUGGAUGGGUCCCUGGAGAUGUCUGCUUCUUGGAGACUUGUCAAACUUCAAAUUGCCCGACUCCGUACAGAAAAAGUUGGUAAAAGAUCUCAAGUUCAAGUGCAAAAUGGAAGUAAAUGAGAUGCUUUUGAAGAUUAUUCUUGGAGGUGGGAUUGAAAACUGUAAAGGAGAGGCAUGCGUUGCUCAGCUUUCUUUAAGAAAUGGUUGCUAUGUAGGUAGAGAGGGCUAUCUUUAUGAUGAAGAUAGUUGUAAAACUCCUACUGCCUCGUCUAAUAUUUCUGAAAGUAGGCAUGGGUUGGCCUUAGAGCUGAUACAUGAAGCAGCAGCCAAACUGGAACAACAUGACGACGAUGAAAAUAGAGAAGCUAUCAUUCUUGUGUUAGAUCCUGAGGUUCAGAUGCUUCCUUGGGAGAAUAUUCCGAUACUAAGGAAACAGGAGGUGUACCGAAUGCCUUGUGUAGGUAGCAUAUCUGCUGUGCUAAAGAAGCGGUGUCUCCAAGGAGAGCCAGCAAGAACUCAUGUUGAUUCCUUGCCUCUAAUUGAUCCGCAAGAUUCAUAUUACUUGUUGAAUCCCUGUGGUGAUUUCAAAUACACACAAUUCAAGUUUGAGAGCUGGUUCAGAGAUGAAAACUUUGAGGUAGGGAAAGCAGGAUCAGUACCAAGCGCUAAAGAGUUGACAGAAGCAUUGCAAAAGCAUGAUCUAGUUCUAUAUUUGGGUCAUGGAAGUGGAGCACAGUAUCUGCCUUGCCGUGAAAUAGAGAAACUAGGCAACUGUUGUGCAACUUUCCUAAUGGGUUGCAGCAGUGGUUCACCAUGGCGAAAGGGAUUCCCGCAAGGCGUACCACUCUCUUAUCUCUUAGCUGGAGCACCAGCCAUUGUGGCGAAUCUAUGGGACGUAACGGACAAAGACAUUGAUCGGUUUGGGGAAGCGUUGUUGAAAGCUUGGUUAGAAGAGAGGUCAGAUUCAGAGGGUGGUUGCAGCCAGUGUGAGUCAUUAGCUAAUGAACUUGCAGCGAUGAAUCUAAGAGGCAAUAACACCACCAGGAGGUCAAGGCGUAACAAGACGGCUCAAUCGAAUGGUGAUGGGUGGUGGUCAGGGAAGAUUGAGUGUAACCACAAGCGUAGGCGCAAAAUCGGUUCAUUCAUCCCUGCGGCUCGAGAAGAGUGUAAAUUCAUAUACUUGAAUGGGGCUGCGCCCGUGUGUUAUGGUGUAUUAACUGUUUUGAGAGAGAUUUACUCUGAGACGAAGUCUCAAUACGUAGGACUUGAAAUUAGAGAUCACAAAGCAUUAAAGCAACACAAAAAAAGAGACUCUAGAGAUACUUCCCGGAAACAAGACCGGACACUUACCGCUCGAUCCCUUGGCAAGCAGCAUUACGCAGAGAAGAAGAGUGGUAGAGAGACAAAGAGAGAGCAUAGUGGAGAGUGGAGACCUAGAAGAAAAUGGCGGGAAUUGCAAUUUUUUCAAUUCGAAACCAAAAAAAUGGCGUCGACUGAUGACGUCCGUCUUCUCUCUCUCAUCGAAUCUUCCCACGCCGGCGAUGUCUUCGCCUCCGUCUCCGAUUACCUUCGACCUUUCACUGCUCUAUCAUCGGCUUCCCGGAAACAAGACCGUACUCUUGUCGUUCGAUCCCUCGGCAAGCAGUUCCUACCUUUCCUCAACAAAUCGAUCUCGCUCUUACCCAAACGCCUCUCCGUCGUCUCGAAUUCUGACAAGGAAGCUCGUGAAUCGGCCGGGAAUUUGUUCCGCGCGUAUGAACUCUGCUUGGAUUGCCUUGAAUCGGUCUCGGCUCAGUUAAACUGCAAGCCUCAUACCCUUCAGCUUAAGAGGCUGCAAAUGAUUUACUGUCUCGACGCUUGGGGUUUCUACGAGAAUGUUAAUUCCCAAGCGUUUAAGCUUCUCGAGAGGCUUAGAGGCUCCGAUGUUCGCUCCCGGAAGUGUCGGUUGUUGCCGGAGGUCCAGGACGGAGAGGCGGACCUGGCGAUGGUUAUAGUAGAGGCUGUGGCGGCUAUCUUCAAGGCUGUGGCAAUGGGUCAGCAAACAGAUGAUAAGCCGUACAGAAGAGUCCUUCUCUUGCUCGAGGAGGUCAGAGCCUGGUUCAGGGUCUUAGAUGCCAAGGUGUAUGAGAAGUUGCACAGUGUGCUCGUGAGAAAUAUGGGUAAAUGUGCUCUGUCUCUGGUUAGAGAAGCUGAGCGUUUUGAUGAGGAGUUCGUGCGUUCUUUCUGCGACUCAACUGUGAAGGAACACUAUAAAUGUGCAUUGUCAAAAGAUGGAAUUUAUACGUUUGCUCGUGAGGUGCUUUCUGUUCUGUUCAGAUUGAAAGAUAGAAGAAUGCCAGUGACCAUUGACAUUUCAAUGUCUUUGUUGCGCAGCUUAACUUGCCAAUUCGUGGCUGAAACUAAUGAGGAUUUAGUGGAUUUUGUUGACCUAGUCUCUUACUGCGCUCACAAGUUUCGAGCAGCAGGAGACAUGUACUGUGCACAAGUUUCCAAAAAAAUCAGUGAGAUGGUAGCUAUUUUCUCCGAGGCAAUACCGCAACUUAAUCUGAUUCUUCGACUUUAUUCGUCCGGGCUGUCUAUCACGGUUUACGAUUCCAAGUUUGGAGAAAGUAAGCGUAAAAGUGCAACAGAUGAUUGGAAGAUUCAAGCUUUGCUUGAUGAUGAGGCUAGAUGGCAAAACUUAGUAUUGUUACUUGGUAUGGUUGAUAGUUACUCAGGUGAUAUGCGCGAUCAGACUAAUUUGUCAUUGAUUAGUGGACAAAAGAACUACAGCAAUAAAACAAAUGACAGAAACAAGAAGACUUGCUGGCCACAAUAUGUAGAUGCCUUGGAAUUCUUGUGCCAGCCGCUUGCGGACUUGAUACAUUCAGUGAAAAGAAAGAUUGUGUUGAAGACAGAAUUUCCUUGCGUUCCUGCUCACCUGUCUACUAUUCAUGAUGCUUUUCUCCUAUUUUGUGAUGGUUGUCUCCUUCUUCAGAGAUGCUCGUCUGACAAGGAAGGUAGGGAAAGUGACAAUAACAAAGCUUUGUUAAAAGUGGCUAUGGCUGCUUUCAUUGUCUCACUCAGAACCCAGUAUAAAUUGAAGAUCAGUGCCCAUCUAGUUGAGGAUCUAAUUGCCAGUCCGUGGAUUCAAACUCAAGAACUCAAGCAUCUGUUAGCGUCGCUAUACAAUAUUGGUGUCGUUUUGUACAAAAAUAAGGAGCUAACUGAGGCUUGUAAGGCGCUGAAGCUGUGCUUGAAGGCAUCAUGGAGAUGUGUUGAACACCUUUGUCAGAUGUUUGUAAAUCAAUCUAGUUCAUCUGACAAUGACCUGUCAGAAGAUGACGUUAUGGGUUUUGUGGGCGAAACAUGUAAUAGGUGUGCAUUCUACCUGGAAAUACUCCAUCAAUGUAGCAGUUGUAAGAUUAAACAGACUGUUGUGCCUAUUCUAGAAAAUUGGUUGACAGCUGAGCAUCUGAUUAGAAGGUUACCAGGCCCUGCGAAAAUUGUAAAACAGUGGGUUAAGAUCGAAUGGGGAUGUCACACAAAUCUAGAUGCGGAUGAUUCUUGUACAACUUUGUACUCAUUGUUAUCAUCUUCUAAAAAAAAGUCGAAGCGGGGUAUCGGAAAAAUCCUACAGCAGGAACUUCUGGCCUAUGAACCUUUAAGAUCAAAUCUAGGUCAACAGACGCAAAUUAAAAUAGCUGAUAUUCUUCUGAAGGAUGUUUAUGUCACAGAGGAUAUGCAUAUAGAUAGAGCAAGAAUCUUAAUAUGGAAAGCAAGAAUGACAAGGACAUCUGGAACUGAACAUCUGACUGACUGCAUUCGUUUUCUGUCAGAAGCAAUCUCUAUAUUGAGUGAUGUACAUCAUAGGCCAAACAAAGAGGGCAAAGAGGACGCUCCAUCUUCUCACCAGUUACCUAUUGCGUAUUGCUUGAGAGCUUUUUGUAUCCAGGAGGCUGAGCCAAACUCAAAGAAAGUCUUUCAAGAUAUUAGCACUUCGCUAAGUCUCUGGCUGGGGAUUCCUAGUCUAGAUGACAGUGGAGACAGUCUACCUGCAGAAAACAUACUUCCGUUACUUUAUAAUAUGAUCGAUUUGAUGUCAGUGAAGGGAUGUACGGAGCUCCUUCCUCAUAUAUACCAACUGAUUUUCAGAUUAUUUAAAUGGAAGCAUGUCGAAUUGGAGGUCUGCCUUGCAAUGCUGUGGGAACGUAGAAGGCUAAGUCAUGCCUUAUGCCCUUCCCCCAUAAGUGAUGCCUUCAUCCGGAACUUAUCAGAUAAUUGUGGUGACAAAUCUACGUGCAUUAAUUUCUGGAUAGAUUGCCUGAAAGGUUCAAAAGCAAACUUAAUUGGGUUCCAGCAGAACUUCCAUGAUUUACAGAACGAUUUCUUGCGUACAUCAGACAUCACAACAGAUGAUAUCACAGAUGCAGCUUCGGAACUCAUUUCAAGUGCCUCACUCUCUGAUCAUUCACCUUUUGUGGCUGCAUAUCUCUAUUAUGAUCUCUGUGAAAGGCUCAUAUCAUUUGGAAAAAAUUCUGAGGCUCUUUCAUAUGCAAAAGAAGCCUAUAGAAUACGAAAUCGUAUAUUUCAACAGAAAUUUGAGUAUACAGCUGAGAAGCAGUUCGAGGAACACAAUGACGCAGGGAAAAUAUCAGAGAUACAGACUUAUAGCAUAACAAAAUUCCAAGUGUUCAAAUCGGAAGCAACUGAUUUUUGGCCCUGUGGAACUUUUCUCUGGGACAUCAAACGCUCUUACUUAAGUUGUUGGAAUGUACUCCAAUGCUAUUUGGAAAGCACCCUUCAGGUUGGAAUUGUUAAUGAGCUUAUAGGGAAUGGGCUGGAGGCAGAAGCUUAUCUAUCAUUGGGGAAAGCCAUUUCAUGCUCGCAAAGUCUAUUCCCUUUUGUAGUUGCAUUUUCUUCUGCUUUAGGAAAUCUUUACCACAAAAAGCAAAGCCUGGAUCUGGCAGAAAAGGAACUCCAAAAAGCAAAAGAGAUAUUAAUUGCUAAUCAGCAGGACUUUUCUUGCGUAAAGUGCAAACUGAAGUUCGAAGUUACAUUGGAUAAGCAACUUGGAGACAUAUCUCAAAAAAAUGUUGAUAGAGUUACCCAGACAGAUGGAUUCUUGCAUGCUGAAAGCUUGUUUUGUGCUGCCCUGGGAAAAAUCUGUUGCUCAGCAUGGAAAAGCUGCCUUAGAUCUCAUGGGGAAGAAAAUGCUGAGGGAAAAGCGAUUGAUAGAAUUGGAGGAGAAGUUUUAGGCUCCAGGAGGGGUCGGAGAGCAAAAAGUUCCCAAACUUGCGUGUUAAAGGACCAUGAUUUGAUAUCUGAGCCAACUUCAAGGUUGACUCGCUCAAUGCGUCAGUCACUUAAAGAGCAAUGCAAAAACUGUUCUAAUGUGCCUGAAGCUGCUUUGAAGAAGCCUAGCGUCGGUAAUGUAUCUGAUGGUUCUGGGGGUGAAAGGAUGUUGUUGGACGCAAAAAACGCAGUCCAUGGCUUUUGCAUUUGCUACAAAGGAAAAUGUAUACAGUGCCGCUCUGUAGAAGUAACGGAAUCUGGGUCUCUCUACAGUUUAGUAACGUUGAAAUGGGAACUCUGCCAUAGGAGGCUUGCGUCCUCAAUUCUUGUUAACCUCGUUACAAGUGAUCUAUUUGCGAUUGAUCGAGCAAUAAUACUAUACAACUUGUGCUGGUUAAGUUUGCGGAAUUACCACUGCAGGGAGAGCAGGUCUACUUGCUGUGAUUUGUCUCAUAUUCCUUUUACAAAACUGGUGUCAUGGUUACUGUUAGCAUUUAUACUCAGCAGAGAGGUUCCAAUAGUAUUUCAAAAGGUUUCAAGAUUGCUUGCUUGUUUAUAUCUGCUUUCUGCCUCAAGUGUUGAAUUCUCAUUCGAAUGUGAUGGAAAUGAGCUGUCUGCAAGUCAUUGGGUCUCAUAUUUCCAUCAAGCCUCGGUUGGUACCCAUAUUAGUUACCAAUUCAUUUCAGAUUUGAGCCGAAGACACAAAUCACAAUGCCUAUCAGAUAAAGAGUGUACAGAGGCUACUUGCUCGAGUUGCAUGGUUCCUGAGGAAUUUGACUUACCCAGGCUUGCUCCUGAGGGUACUCAAGAUCUUGUACAAUUUGCUAAAGAAUUCUUCAACAAUCUUCCAAGCUCAACAAUCAUCUGUAUUAGUGUGCUUGGAGGCUCUUUAAAUCAAUUGUUACAGGAGCUAAUGCGUAUUCGUUCACCUGUUUGUGCCUGGGUGCUUGUAUCACGCCUCAACUUGAAAAAUCAACCGGUUGCCACACUUCUGCCGAUUGAUUCGGUUCUAGAAGAUGACGGUGCAAAUCUUAGUUCUACGGAAGCGACUCAGGUCAAGAAUUUGGAGAGACGCUGGCUUUGCCCAUGGGGCUCCACCGUGAUUGAUGAUGUAGCUCCAGCAUUUAAAUCAAUAUUGGAGGAAAGCCACGCAUCUACUCCAUUUCUUGGAGAAGACACGGGAGAUAAUAGAUCCUUGUGGUGGAAAAAUAGAAAGAAACUUGAUCAUCACCUUGGAAAACUCCUAAGGAUUCUAGAAGCUUCCUGGCUGGGUCCCUGGAGAUGCCUGCUUCUCGGAGACUUGCCAAACUACAAAUUGCCCGACUCUGUACAGAAAAAAUUAGUAAAAGAUCUCAAGUCCAAGUGCAAAAUGGAAGUAAAUGAGAUUCUUUUGAAGGUUAUCCUUGGAGGUGGGAUUGAAAACUUGAAAGGAGAAGCAUGCGUUGCUCAGCUUUCUCUAAGAAAUGGUUGCUAUGUAGGUAGAGAGGGCUAUCUUUAUGAUGAAGAUAGUUGUAAAACUCCUACUGCCUCGUCUAAUAUUUCUGAAAGUAGACAUGGGUUGGCCUUAGAGCUGAUACAUGAAGCAGCAGCCAAACUGGAAGAACAACAUGACGGCAAUGAAAAUAGAGAAGCUAUCAUUCUUGUGUUAGAUCCUGAGGUUCAGAUGCUUCCUUGGGAGAAUAUUCCAACACUAAGGAAACAGGAGGUGUACCGAAUGCCUUCUGUAGGUAGCAUAUCUGCUGUGCUAAAGAAGCGGUGUCUCCGGGGAGAGGCAUCAAGAUCUCAUGUCGCUUCCUUCCCUCUUAUUGAUCCGCUAGAUUCAUUUUACUUGUUGAAUCCCGGUGGUGAUCUCAGCGGCACACAAGUCGAGUUUGAGAGCUGGUUCAUAGAUCAAAACUUUGAGGGAAAAGCUGGAUCAGUACCAAGCACUGAAGAAUUGACAGAAGCAUUAAAAAACCAUGAUCUAUUUCUAUAUUUCGGUCAUGGAAGUGGAGCGCAAUAUCUGUCUUGGCGUCAAAUAGAGAAACUAGAUAACUGUUGUGCAGCUUUCCUAAUGGGGUGCAGCAGUGGUUCAAUACGGCUAAAAGGCUGCUACAUCCCACAGGGCGUACCACUCUCUUAUCUCUUAGCUGGAUCUCCAGCCAUUGUGGCGAAUCUAUGGGACGUAACAGACAAAGACAUUGAUCGGUUCGGGAAAGCGUUGUUGGAAGCUUGGUUCAAAGAGAGGUCAGAUUCUUCGUCUUCAGAGGGUGGUUGCAGCGAGUGUGAGUCAUUAGCUAAUGAACUUGCAGCCAUGAAUCUAAAAGGCAACAACAACAACAACAACAACAACAAGAGGUCAAGGCGUAACAAGCCAGCUCAGUCGAAUGGUGAUGGGCCAGGGAAGAUUGAGUGUAGCCACAGGCAUAUACGCAAAAUCGGAUCAUUCAUCGCUGCGGCUCGAGAAGCUUGUAGAUUGCCGUACUUGAUUGGGGCUGCGCCGGUGUGUUAUGGUGUACCAACUGGUAUCACCAGGAAAAAAGGAAUCGAAGCUCUUCUUCCCUAUUCUUCUUCAUCUUGUUAGACAUAACAGUUCUGAGAGAUAUUUAUAUACUGAGAUGAAGUCUUUAGAGAUUCCAUCUUUUUGUUAUAUAAUAUAUCACAUGGUUUGACCUCCUCGAAUCUCAUGUUAUAAAAAAAAAGUUGAUAAGUCACAUGUGGAGUAUAAUGAAUACAGAAGCUUUGGCUCAAUAUGUUGUCAGCCAAAAAUUUAUAUCUCUCAAGUCUCUGAACCUUACCUUGGAAUCUCAAAG